CAAGAUGGCGGACGAUAACAGCUUGGAUCUACUUGUGGUUAUUUUUGAUGCCAAUCCUGUCUGGUGGGGAAGAGUUUUUGCCGAAAAAAGUCAAGAACAGAUAACACUGACUAGUUGUGUGGAUAGCAUGAUUGUAAUGUGCAAUGCUCACUUAAUGAUGAAGCAGUCGAAUACACUGGCAUUUAUUGCAUCAAAUACUAGACAAAGCAAAUUCCUAUUUCCAAAAGAAUCCCUUCAAGAGAUGCACACUAUUGAAGAAUCAAGAAGUGUUCCUUCAGAUAGCAGAUGUGAAAAAUUUGUACAAAUGGAUGACUUAAUUGUUUCAGAAAUAAAAGAAUUGAUUGGUAAUUCUGAAAUACCAGCACAAGAAAACCCUGUUCAUAGCAAUCCUCCGUCUGCUCUCCCAAGUGCACUUUGCAUGGCUCUUUGCUACAUUCACAGAAAGGAAAAGGAAUGUCCAGUUGGUUUAAAGUUAAAGCCAAGAAUUAUGGUCGUCAAGGCAUCACCAGAUAAUGCAUCCCAGUACUUAACAAUUAUGAACUGUAUAUUUGGUGCUCAAAAAAGUAAUGUCAUAAUCGAUGCCUGUGCUUUAUAUCAGAAUUCAGGAUUUCUUCAACAGGCAGCUGACAUAACUGGAGGAGUAUAUUUAAAAAUAGAAAACACUUUGUCAAUAUUAGAACAUUUAUUGUGGCUAUACUUACCAGGACAAGGUACCCGAGAUAUGCUUAUCCUUCCCUCCUCACAACACAUUGAUUAUCGAGCAGCUUGUUUCUGUCAUCGGAAGCUUGUUGACAUUGGAUAUGUUUGUUCUGUUUGUCUAUCAAUUUAUUGUCAGUUCAUCCCAAGAUGCAUUACAUGCCAGACUCUAUUCAAACUACCAUUACCACCUCCAUUACAACGAUCAAAGAAAAAGAAGAAAUAAAGACAAAAUCUAGAAAUGUUAUAUAUAAAUUAUUUUGCAUAAAUUUUUGUAGAAAACAUGUUGGUUUAAACUAAUUUUUUACAAUAUAAAUUUACUAAUACCUCGACAAUUUUUUGUUUGAUACAAUGAUACAAAAUGUUUCAUUAUAAGAUUUACAAAUGACAUUCAAGUUACUAUUCUAUCCGAGAUAUCUCUAAUGAGAAUGUGAUAAAGUGGGCGCUUCGUAACGGUGCAGUGACGUAACGGUGCAGUGACGUAACAGUUAAAUAGCUUCCUCAUUCUUUCAUGCUUUUUUGUCCAAUCACAACGACUGGCUGACUAUAAAUCCUUUACCUCCCUCCUGAAAUCCAGAACUAAUCAAGAACUAUCCAUGUCUUGAAAUAAAGCUAAGGCAGAGUU